UUCCACCCAAAAGGGAGAUGAUGAUUAUGAAGAUUACACUUCAAAUAAGACUUGGGUUUUGACUCCCAAAGUCCAUGAGAGUGAUGUCACUCUUAUUUUAAAUGGCUUGUUGGAAGGAUACGACAACAAGUUGAGACCUGAUAUAGGAGUUAAACCAACAGUAAUUCACACUGACAUGUACGUAAAUAGCAUUGGGCCUGUGAAUGCUAUCAAUAUGGAAUAUACAAUUGAUAUAUUUUUCGCCCAAACGUGGUAUGACAGACGUCUGAAGUUCAACAGCACUAUAAAAGUGCUCAGAUUAAACAGCAACAUGGUUGGGAAGAUCUGGAUACCAGAUACAUUUUUCCGAAAUUCCAAGAAAGCUGAUGCUCAUUGGAUAACAACUCCUAAUAGGAUGCUCAGGAUCUGGAAUGACGGCAGAGUGUUGUACACAUUGAGGCUGACAAUUGAUGCUGAGUGUCAGCUACAGUUACACAACUUUCCAAUGGAUGCCCAUUCCUGCCCCCUGGAAUUUUCAAGCUAUGGCUACCCAAGAGAAGAGAUCAUUUACCAAUGGAAGCGCAGCUCAGUGGAGGUGGGGGACACCAGGUCCUGGAGGCUUUACCAGUUCUCCUUUACAGGAUUAAGAAAUACAACUGAGGUGGUGAAGACUACUUCAGGAGACUAUGUAGUCAUGUCUGUUUACUUCAACUUGAGCAGGAGAAUGGGUUAUUUCACUAUUCAGACCUACAUUCCCUGCACACUUAUUGUUGUGUUGUCCUGGGUCUCUUUCUGGAUUAAUAAGGAUGCAGUUCCAGCCAGAACAUCACUGGGUAUUACAACUGUCCUGACAAUGACCACCCUAAGUACAAUUGCUCGUAAAUCUCUUCCCAAAGUCUCCUAUGUGACAGCAAUGGAUCUUUUUGUGUCAGUCUGCUUUAUUUUUGUUUUCUCUGCAUUGGUGGAAUACGGAACUUUGCACUACUUUGUCAGCAACAGAAAGCCGAGCAAGGAUAAAGACAAAAAGAAGAAAAAUCCACUUCUUCGGAUGUUUUCCUUCAAGGCACCUACAAUUGACAUCCGGCCUCGAUCAGCUACUAUUCAAAUGAACAAUGCUACACACCUCCAAGAAAGGGAUGAAGAAUAUGGGUACGAGUGUCUUGAUGGCAAGGACUGUGCCAGUUUUUUUUGCUGUUUUGAGGAUUGUCGAACGGGAGCGUGGAGGCAUGGAAGAAUACAUAUCCGCAUUGCCAAAAUGGACUCCUAUGCCCGCAUCUUCUUCCCAACUGCCUUCUGUCUCUUUAACCUGGUGUAUUGGGUAUCAUAUCUUUACCUUUAAAAGCAGAAGGAUAUCAGUGAUAUGAGCCUUACUCACUGAAUUUCUUAGAGAGAUGGUUUCCUAAGUCCACUUGAAGUAUUUAUGACGUGCUUUAUAGUGGUCUGAAUUCUUUAGUGCCAUAACCAGGUCAAUAUCAAUCAUAUCAUUUGUCCAAAAAAUGCCAUCAGGUUAUUGUGAAUUAAAUGUCCAUUCAACAUGCCAAAAUAAUUUGAAGUAAGAAUCAUAUAAACAGGUAAUAUACAGCUGUACCUGCUGGAAUAGAGAGUAACAGAGCAGACAGGGCAAGGGGAGCAUGGCAACAUCACUAAAUAGUUGGUACUUCUAUUUCAAGCAGGAGUGAGAGAGAGAAUUCCCAGGUAAAGUGCUGUACAGUUUGUUAAUAAUGGCUAUAAUUAUGCUAUAGCUUUAUUCUUUGUGGGCUUUUCUUUUUGGAAGAGUCAUCUCUCACUUUGAAU